AUGGCGCAGAAAACUCUGAUCUACUCCUUCGUCUCCCGCGGGACUGUGGUUCUCACCGAGUACACCGAAUUCAGCGGCAAUUUCAACUCCAUAGCCUUCCAGUGCCUCCAGAAACUCCCCGCUACCAACAACAAGUUCACCUACAACUGCGACGGCCACACUUUCAACUAUCUCGUCGAUAAUGGCUACACGUACUGUGUCGUUGCCGAUGAAUCAGCUGGAAGGCAGGUCCCCAUGGCUUUUCUGGAGCGUAUCAAGGAAGAUUUCAUGUCCAAAUAUGGUGGCGGGAAGGCUUCAACUGCUGCUGCCAAUAGCCUGAACAAGGAAUUUGGGCCGAAACUGAAAGAGCAUAUGCAGUACUGUGUGGAUCAUCCUGAAGAGAUAAGCAAGCUUGCAAAGGUUAAAGCUCAGGUUUCAGAAGUGAAAGGAGUUAUGAUGGAGAACAUUGAAAAGGUCUUGGACAGGGGAGAAAAGAUAGAACUUCUGGUGGACAAAACUGAGAAUCUCCAUCAGCAGGCUCAAGACUUCCGAUCAACUGGAACGAAAAUCAGGAGAAAGAUGUGGCUGCAGAAUAUGAAGAUCAAGCUCAUUGUUCUGGGUAUCCUCGUCGCAUUGAUCCUCAUCAUCGUACUCUCAGUCUGCAGAGGUUUCAAAUGUGGGGAAAAAUAA